CCGAAAAUUUAUGCAGCCAGCAUCUCGCGUGCGCAGCACGAGCUGCUACUGCAGGACUGAGGAGUAGAAGCAAAUGACGACCAACGAGCCCAUUUUUGAUGAGUAACAGAAAAUAAACGAAAUACGGCGCCAUUGCACGCGGGUGGGAACGUGCGACACGGACGAGUGAUUGUGCCGCUCUGUGGCCCCAUAAUCGAAUAGGUUGCAUUAUUCGGUUGAGAUUCAGCGCAGAAGUCGCCAAGAGCAGUCGUGUUCGGCAGCCAACAGUUAUGAUUAUGAUGGAUAUCGAUUGACCGGAUGAAGUGGGCGGCGUUGGGUCGGCGCCCGAAUCGAUGGUAGCAGUGAGCGCGCAGCAUGGCGCACAACUCGCAGGUCGCCAAAGUCACCGUUCCUCAUCAGGUGAGUAGUUUCGGCUCCUGCUCAGCGCCAAACUUGGCCCACUGCUUCUGUGGAACUGCGGGCCGUAGGGCGUGCCUACUUUACUCUGGCCGGUCCUGAUUGCGGCCCGCCCCUAGGUAAGCCAGGUGGGCGCUUCUCAUGGACUCGACGCUGUUCCACCACAGCUUGCUCGCGCUUCUGAUCGGCUCCUUCCUCAUAUUCAUCAUCUGUGUGCUGUGUAUCGGUGCUGCCAGCGAUCGCGGUCUGUGCUGCAGCGAUUCUGCUCAGCAUUUCACCGCCGCUGCGCAGCAUGCUUGUGAAUGUCGCGACAGAGAUGAGAAGCUCGAAAGCUCUGCCGAUGUACGAGCGAGUGCUCAGCAAGCCGAAGAACCUCCACCAUACGAACACUUGGACAGCGCUGUAUGAUCGAAUUUCCCAAUUACGUUGCCAUCCUGUCGUCUCAGAACGAGAUGCCUGUGCAUUAUAUCGUGAAAUCCUCGUGGAACUUGAUUCCCUACCCAACCUUACAGCGGAGGCAACAGAACUCCAACAGCUUAUGCAUUUGAAUGAUGUUGAGGCAUGUUUACAAGCUCACGACAUUGUUGCAUCCGAGGUAUACGAAUCGGAAGAUGGGGAAGAGAGUGCGCAGACUGCAUCAGGCGUCGUACAGAACUUCUCCAAUCCCACUUGUUCGAAUGGAGGAGUACUUUCACAUAGUCAUAGAGGAGCCAGUACCUGCUCGGACGAGGGCCUGCCUCCCUCAUUCACAGGUGACGACGAUGCUGAUUUUGUCAUGGACACCAUAUCAAGGAUUCGACUAGUGCAUUUCCAGAAGGAUACCGAAGAGCCCAUGGGCAUUACGCUUAAGGUGACGGAAGAUGGCAGGUGUUUCGUCGCACGUAUUAUGCACGGUGGAAUGAUACACAGACAAGCAACUUUGCACGUGGGUGACGAAAUACGUGAGAUUGACGGGAUUUCUGUUGCCAAUCGCUCUGUGGAAUCAUUGCAGCAAAUGCUGCGAGAUGCUCGGGGGCAGGUCACUUUCAAGAUUGUUCCGUCAUAUCGCUCCGCCCCGCCAGCUUGUGAAAUUUUUGUGCGUGCGCAGUUUGACUACGAUCCGUGCGAAGAUGACUUGAUUCCGUGUCCACAAGCAGGUGUUCCUUUCAAGACUGGUGACAUACUCCAGGUCAUUUCAAAAGAUGAUCAUAAUUGGUGGCAGGCAAGAUUCGUAUCAAGUUUUCCGUCCUUUGGAACUUCCUCAAAUAUCUCGGUCAACGUUGCUGGCCUGAUCCCGUCUCCAGAAUUGCAAGAAUGGAGGACUGCCUGUCUAGCAAUGGAAAGGGCAAAGGAUCAUUCGCAUUGUAUGUGGUUCAACAGAAGAAAGAAAUACUACACUACAAAAUACCUUCAAAAACAUUCUGCAUUAUUUGAUCAGUUGGAUCUCGUCACGUAUGAAGAGGUCAUGCGAUUGUCGCAGUAUCGACGGAAAACUCUCGUACUACUGGGAGCACAUGGUGUUGGACGACGACACAUUAAGAAUACACUCAUUCAUAGGCAUCCGAAUAGAUUCGCUUAUCCUAUACCACAUACCACAAGGCCCCCGCGAAAGGAAGAAGUUGAUGGAAAACAUUACUUUUUUGUCUCCAAUGAUCAAAUGCUCAUUGAUAUUCAAAAUAAUGAGUAUCUUGAGUAUGGUACCCAUGAAGAAAGCAUGUACGGCACGAAGUUGGAGACGAUUCGUAAUAUACAUAAAAGUGGCAAAGUAGCUAUACUGGAUGUAGAACCACAGGCACUGAAGGUGUUGAGGACGGCGGAGUAUUCGCCUUUUGUAGUUUUUAUCGCCGCUCCGAACCUACAGGGUCUGCAAGAUCCUGAUGGUAGCCUGGAGAGACUUCUGCGGGAAUCCGAAAUCCUUCGACAAGCAUUCGGUCAUUUGUUUGACUAUGUCAUAGUCAAUAAUGAUAUAGAUGAAACAAUAGUUCAACUAGAGCAGAUCGCGGAGAAGCUCCCAGUCUGCCCGCAAUGGUUGCCAGUUUCAUGGGUAUACUGAUUGGCGUGGUCUCCUAGACUUUCGCCUUGGGGCCGUACCAUUAGUCCUUCGGUUACGGGCUCUAAACUAGAGUUAUUUGUUCAUUUGAUGUGCCCUCUCAAGCUAUGUCUGUCCUGUGAUCUUGAACAUUCCCAGCUCAACGUCAUUUUUAUAGCAUUUAUUCACAUUCAAUUCACUAUGCCGUCCCCGAUCAGCAACAUUGCCUCUCCAGCUUUAAAAUUUUAUUGCAGAAAUAACUAGUCUAUUGUUUGCUUUGAGCAAAGACUCUGAUAUCUCGCACAGGAGCUUACCAAUGUACAGUUAUAGGCUUCUUGGUGCUUCUUGUCUAAUUUCCUUGCAGUCGCCUUCUAGAUUUCAUGGUUGCAGUAUCAGUUGCAUGGAUAGGAAUCUCUUAAUUCCACGAAGUGUCCUUGAUCGAUGUCUGCAUUAAUUGUUCAAUGAAAAGGUUCUACUUUCUCCUUCACUCACCUUAAUUCAUAGCAGUUAUUGCCAUUCUUUUGACGACAACUCACUCGUUUUGAAAUCACCCAUAUCACCUCUAAUAUCCUGUUAUUUUAGUGAAUAGGUGGCUGUGUAAGAAGCUCCUUAUCGUUGGAUGUGAAUUAGGCUUGCAUUUGUGAUGCACUUUUCCACAUUUUAGCAAAUCUUAUUUGGAUCAGAAGCAACACAUCCUAUGCUCUCACCAGUGUUUUGAUUAUGCUGUGCGUAAUAAACCUUCAUUUGUAU